AGGAGUCAAAUCCUAUGACAACGUGACUUCCUACGAGACACUCAUUGGCCAGUGAGUGUCAACUAGAGGGGACCUAAUGCUGCAAAAGUGACUCUUGGUGAAGGAGACGCUGCGUGUUUCCUGCACUUCCAUGGAUAUUUUUGGAAAGAGUGGAAUGUUUUCUCUCUGACUAUUUGAUGCAUUCAGGAUCCAGGCUCCCUUCUUUCACUUGUAGUCAUGAACUGGCCGCCACCUCCUCCCAGAGAAUGAAGACAACUCGGAGAUGCAGGACUCUACUUUCGGUGGGCUUGAACUUCUUUGCCUUGUUCUUCUCCAUCACAGCUUUCAUCACCACCUACUGGUGCGUGGGGACACAGAGGGUGCCCAAGCCCAAAUGCAGCAAACUGCGGACCCAUCAGUGCAUUGACUACGGCGUCAACGAGACCGACCCAAACAAGGUGGUCUACAGCUGGGAGACCGGAGACGACCGCUUCCUCUUCCGCCAGUUCCACACUGGAAUCUGGUUCUCGUGUGAGGAGAAUAUCCACGAUGAAAGUGAGAGAUGCCGCAGCUUCAUUGAUUUGGCUCCUGCAUCAGAGAAAGGGAUGCUUUGGUUGUCGCUGGUAUCAGAGAUGCUGUACAUUAUUCUGCUGGUGGUGGGCUUCAGCCUCAUGUGUUUGGAGCUUGUCCAUACCAGCAACGUCAUUGACGGACUCAGACUCAAUGCGUUCGCUGCUGUCUUCACUGUGCUCUCAGGUCUUCUGGGCAUGGUGGCUCAUGUGAUGUACACACAGGUCUUCCAGGUCACUGUCAGUCUGGGCCCUCCUGACUGGAGGCCUUAUAACUGGGAUUAUGGCUGGUCCUUCUGCAUGGCCUGGGCAUCCUUCACCUGCUGCAUGGGUGCAUCGGUCACCACGCUCAACUCUUACACAAAGACUGUCAUCGAGUUCAGGCACAAACGCAAGACCUUUGAGCAGAGCAUUCGGGAGGAAAACGCAAGAGAGGCUUUUGAAUAUUUCCGAGAGCCAUCUGCCCACUCCAUCUCUAAGUCUGUGGAGGUCUAUUCUAGCCAAACCCUUACGAGUGGCAGGAAGACACCCAUACCGGCGGACUCCUUAGACCUGAGUGACAUUCGGGCCUCUCUGGGGGAAGAACAGUGCUGAAAUUGGCAGGACAGCUUCAUUUGAGGCUGCUUGAUGGAUGGAUGAAGCCUGGUGGUGUUCAUUUUGAGAUAGGAACACCAACAAGCACUUCAGACCAGACAUUUAAACACUGCCUUUAAUCUAGCCGCAGGAAGUGGGAGUUACUGAACAAUCUGAGCCAGCUGAGAACAAAACGACUGACGUACGAUGAUGGUGUUGCUUUUUAAAAUGUAGAUGUUAAAGAAAGUGUUGUAUAGUAUAUUCCCAUGAUUCCAGUGAAGGUCAGAGAUGCAUCUAGCCUUACUGAACAUAUUUCUUCAACAGCAACAACAACAAUCACUGUAAAUGACUAACGAUAAUGAGAUUUGCACUGCUUUUCAAUUUAGAACUAGAGCCACAAAUGCUUGCAGCUAAUCUUGUGCCUACAGACAUAAAAUUGUGCUGAUGUAAAUCAUGUGGAUAGUAAGUGUACGGUAUUUUACUACAGGGCAUGAUGUGGAUCAGGGUGUUUACAAUAGCAAAUUUCUUUGUCAUGCCCCAGAUGGGCAACCACAACACUUUCAACGGAACAUUAUGUCGGACAAAUAGCCUGUGUGUCAGUCAGGAGUUCUUCUUAUAAAUGGAUGAGAAGGAAUUUUUGCUACUCCCCAUGUAUUUGUUUUAAAGAGUCAUCCAUGGGUAUCUGAAAAUACUGUAUAUACUGUAACAGUGCAACUGUUUCUGUAAAUAAUAGUUACAGCCCCAAAUCUUUCGUACCCUGGAUACAUUAAGUUGGGUAUUUUCUGGCUGUCACAACCUUGACAAUUUUGAGAAAACACACUUUUGCACCAUUGUUUUUGCAACUGAAAAAAAAGUAUUGACAGUAUAUGUCAUGUACAUUUCCCAUCCAGCCAUCUUUUUUACUGCUGUCCACAUUAGGUGACUGAAGCCUUUCCCACCUGACUUUCAGAUUUCUGGAAUGUAGGAGGAAGCCGGCGUACUCAGAGAAAACCCACACAAGCAUAGGAGAGAAUAUGCAAAUUCUACAUAGACAUGUUCCAACUAUAAUUGUGAGGCACAAGUGCCAACCACUAUUGCACCGUGCAGUCUCAUACAUAAAAAGAUAACAGAUAUAUCGAUGACAAGUUUCACUCUAACAUACAUAGCCCAUCUUAAUAGUUAGUGCAAAUUAUUGUAUAUAUUGUUUUGUUGAGAAU